AGUGAAGCUGUGAGCUUUACCACAGCAAGAAGCUUGGGCAAUGGCAGAUAAGGGUGGCUGAAUGCUUAGGCUGAAAAAAAAAAAAACCCAUAUAAUUUCAUAGUAAUUCUUUGUAGACCCAAAUCUAAUGUGGAUUAUUUCAAAAGAUCGUUUGCGAAACUUGGUAAAGCAUGGUGGCUCAUGAUGAAAUUGGAAGUUUCCUGCCUAUCAAAAGGACUAUUCGUGUCCUAGAUGUUAAUAAUCAGUCCUUUAGAGAACAAGAGGAGCCAAGCAAUAAAAGAGUUCGUUCUCUGGCCCGAGUCUCAUCUUUGGCAAAUUUAAUCUCUCCUGUGAGAAAUGGAGCAGUCAGACGUUUUGGUCAAACAAUCCAAUCAUUUACACUUCGCGGUGACAACAGAUCUCCUGCUUGUGCCCAGAAAUCAUUUAGCAGGGCUACUGUCCCAACUCCUUCUAAAAGAAGAAACAGUGUAAGAUGGUCAGAGAUGUUAGAUAUCAACAUGAAAGAAUCCUUAACCACCAAAGAAAUCAAGCGUCAGGAGGCAAUAUAUGAAAUGCUCCGAGGAGAACAGGAUUUAAUUGAGGAUCUUAAACUUGCUAGAAAGGCCUACCAUGACCCCAUGUUGAAGUUAUCUAUUAUGUCCGAGGAAGAACUCACACACAUAUUUGGAGAUUUAGAUGCCUACAUACCUCUGCAUGAAGAUCUAUUGGCAAGAUUAGGAGAAGCAACAAAACCAGAUGGGACAGUGGAGCAAAUUGGUCAUAUUCUUGUGAACUGGUUGCCAGGUUUAAAUGCUUAUAGAGGAUACUGCAGUAACCAGCUUGCAGCUAAAGCUCUUCUUGAUCAGAAAAAACAAGAUGCAAGAGUUCAAGAUUUCCUUCAACGAUGUCUUGAGUCUCCUUUCAGUAGAAAAUUAGACCUCUGGAGCUUCCUGGAUAUUCCUCGAAGUCGCCUAGUCAAAUACCCUUUGUUGUUAAAAGAAAUUCUGAGACAUACACCCAAAGACCACACUGAUAUAAAACCUCUAGAAGAAGCUCUGUUAGUAAUACAAGGAGUACUCUCUGAUAUCAACUUGAAGAAAGGAGAAUCAGAAUGCCAAUAUUAUAUUGACAAGCUGGAAUAUCUGGAUGACAAGCAGAAGGAUCCUAGGAUUGAUGCUAGCAAGGUGUUGCUUUGCCAUGGUGAACUGAAGAAUAAAAGUGGACAUAAACUCUAUAUUUUCUUGUUUCAAGACAUCCUUGUCUUGACUCGUCCUGUUGUACGCAACGAACGCCAUUCUUACCAAGUCUACCGUCAGCCUAUUCCUGUCCAAGAGCUGGUUUUAGAGGACUUGCAGGAUGGUGAUGUGAGAAUGGGAGGUUCAUUUAGAGGUGCUUUUAGCAACUCAGACAAAGCUAAAAAUAUCUUCAGAGUUCGUUUCCGAGAGCCUCUGCCAGGGCAGUCCCAUACUUUACAAGCUAAUGACGUGUUCCAUAAGCAACAAUGGUUCAAUUGUAUCCGAACCGCUAUUGCCCCCUUUCAGCAGACCACCAGCCCCACAGAGUUUAAGGGCUUGUCGGAGCUCAAUAAGGGGUGUGAAAAGAACAACUCUUUGGGAUCACACAUCAAAGCCCAAAGGAAGUCAUCAGCACUUUCUGGUCUCAUUCCUCUAGAAGUGGAUGAAAAUUCCCCAGAAUAUACUCCCAGUGUAGCUGUAAAUGAAGACUCCACAGGUAUAAAAGCAUACAGAAUACAAUCUGGGUCCCAAAAAGCACAAGAGAAGGCUCAGCUGAAUGAUAAAAGGAAAGAAACUUUGGUAUAAAGGGGACUGUGUACCAACUGAAGAAAAGACUUUAUAAAUAUGUACAUUUUUUUUCAUGUAAUGUGAACAUGCUAGGGUUACUUUAUCCCAAUGUGUUGGUUUUUUAAAUGGCAGCUACUGGUAUACUAAUAACUUUUUUAAACUAAGGUCUGUUUUCUAAAGAAUAUGGAAUUUAUCUUUUCUUAAUUUGUCAAACAUUUUUAAGGCUUAGCAUAAUUAGAUUGUUCAUAAGUUCAGAUCUCCUGUGGCUUUUUUUUCCAUUUUUUUUCCCCAAUUAUAUGUAAAAACAAUUUUUACCAUGUUUUUUAAAAGUUUUGAGUUCUGAAUUCUUCCUUCUCACCCCUCAAUGAGAAGGCAAGCAAUUUCAAACAAGUUUUACAUAUGCAGUCCAUGCAAAACAUUUUCAUAUUAGUCAUAUUGUGAAAGGAAACACAGACUAAAGGGGGAAAAAAAACAGGAAAAAUCCUACCGUGGGUUCUUGAUAUUUGAAAUGUCAGCAAAACUCACAACUUCACAAACAUUAAUUCUUUACCAGUAUUUUUUCCAAAAACCUUGCAACUGAACUUUUCUUAAAAUUGAAUUUUUACACAGGCACUUAAAAUCUGCAUAGUACAUAUCUGUAUUUAAAAUCUGAAUUGAAAUAGAAAUUCUUUGGAAAACAGACCAUGGAAUUCAAUAGUUUCUAUUUGAACAACUGGAACUGUGUUAUUUUUUACUGCACAUUCUUCGUUUUUCAUUCACAUAACCUGCCAAUUAUUUACUUAUUUUUUUCAUUGUAAAGUAGUAUUAAGGGGUUUCUUUUUAAAAAAUUUUUGAUGGUUGUUCGAGUUGGCAUUUUUUUAAAGUUUGACCUUCCUUGUCUUAAAAUAUGUGUAUAUUGUCUGUAUACAUAUAUAUUUUUUAAAAGUAAUUUUAGCCAUACUAUUUCUUGAGCUAUUAAAAAAAAAGGUGACAUCUUUUAAAUGUAACAUUUGAGGAGUUGAUAAAGUCAUAUCAGAGAGCUUGAUUGUGCUAUAUACCACUGAAAGAGGGCUACAGUGAAAGUCUUAGGGCAAAAAAAGAGGAAAGGAGAAGGUCAGGUUGACUGGUAACAAGCUUCAAAAAGGAAAAGGGGAGUGGUUUUGUCUUAAAGUAAAAUGGCUGGUCUCUGCCAGAAUGUGAAAGAACAAAGUAUUGAGGACAAACCAAAGGGGUAUACAGCAAGUUGAAGAGGGCUAGAGGGAAUUGAACUUUAUUUGCAAGGUGUUAAGAACAGUGAAUAAGAAAUAAAUUUGGGAAAGGAAAUGACGUGGGGAAAAUUAAAUCUUGACAAAAUAGGUUAGUGGUAUUAUUUUAGUGGUUUAAUUUCACAAGAAGGAGUAAAGGCUUGGGAGGUCUUUGCAAAAUGUUUCCAAGGUAAUAUAUCAAAGUAAAGUCAUUAGAGUUCUGUUUUCCAUCUGUUAAAAAAAAAGCACAUGUACAAGUCCAGUGCAUCCCUACAGUGGCUAAAAUUUUAGUUAUGGCUUAUAUAUUUUGCAGUGUAAAGGAGAAUUGGAAAAGUCUGUAAAUACAUAAAACCAAAUGAGGGGGUGUCUGUAUAAAUGAAUUAUAUUAUUAAAAAACCCAAACUCACCCC